UGGGAGGGCUGGGCGGUUCGAGAAACGGGUGGGCGAGUGCCGGGUGGGCACAGGAGGGGGCCUCGGGUGCGCGAGCGCGCGUGCGCCGGAGGAGCCGGAGCAGCGGGAGGAGGCGGGGGCUGAGGAGGCUGCGGAGGGGGCGGGUCGCGCCGGGCGCCACGUCCGCAGCCAGAGGCCGUCGCUGUCGCCAACCGAGCCUUUUGCCUCUCGAGCCUGAGGAGAAAGUCUUCGGAGCCCGCAUCUGCCCACGGCUGUGUCAGCUGCCUCCGCUGCCAGGGCCGCUUCGGCCCUCGUCCGUGGUCCGUGCUGUCCGCUCUUUCCGCCCGGCCCCAGCCGCAGGCGCCGGCCCGCGACCCCGGCGGAGAUCAUGAAUCAGGCAGAUAAAAAUCAAGAAAUUCCAUCAUACCUGAAUGAUGAGCCGCCAGAAGGUUCAAUGAAAGAUCACCCACAGCAGCAGCCAGGCAUGUUGUCCCGUGUGACUGGAGGUCUCUUCAGUGUUACAAAGGGAGCUGUUGGUGCCACUAUUGGUGGUGUGGCUUGGAUUGGUGGAAAGAGUCUGGAGGUGACCAAAACAGCUGUUACAACUGUGCCUUCCAUGGGAAUAGGGCUGGUCAAAGGGGGUGUGUCUGCAGUGGCUGGAGGUGUGACAGCUGUUGGGUCUGCUGUUGUAAACAAAGUGCCCUUAACAGGAAAGAAGAAAGACAAGUCUGACUAAAGCAUGGAGGUAUUUGUACUCUCCACAGCACUAUGAUGCCAGUGGCAUUGAAUUGCUCAAUUAUGGACUACAACCAGGUCACUUGUUUUGGACAUUUAUCUUCUAAACUGCUGUGUUGAAAGUAUUGACUGGCCUUCGUCUGCAAAGAAGAGACCAAUACUAGCACAGUGUAUGAAGGUUUCUCGUACUUAAAUUCCAGCUUUUUAUCUGGUAAAAUGUUACACUCACUUGGUUGUAACCGAAGAUAUGGUAUGUUGAAUAUUUACUAUAAGUCUCUCAGUUUGACUGAAAAUGUGAAAGUUGAGUUUAGUAGAUGAUCUUUACAGUUCCAUAUGUACGAUGUGCCAGGUGACUCAUCUGCCCCUUAAGAAGGGCGUCUUAAACUACAUAAACUGUACCUUUGAUGUGCCUAAUAGUUUCAGAUGUCUUAGUUUUUUAUAAUCAUAGUUGAUAAGGCCAAGAGGCAUUCUUUUCUUAUUUAAGCUGGCAAAAGUAGCAGGAAUUAGAAAAGUGUAAUAGAAAAAAAUGGUUUAUGAUGCUGUUAGCCAUCUUUCACUAGAGAGUUCAUUUUAUUCAUUUAAUCAUUGAUGCCUUACCAAAAA